ACUAUACAGAAGAAGGUGGGGGUGGUGGUGGUAAUGUUCUUGAUGAGAAUUCUUCGUUUUAUGAUUGGAAUAGUCAAGAGGCCAUCAGUCGAACUAUUGUUGAUGCUGACAAUACUGUCAGACAGUCUGGACAUAAUCUAAGUGAAGCAAGCUCUCCGACAAGUGGGCAUACAGUUGAAGAAGAAGAAGAAGACGAGGAGGAGGAAGGGGAGGAUAAUAUUGAUCAGCAUGAAAAUGACAAUCGCAGUAAUCAUGCUUAUGAUGAUAAUUAUGAUGAUGAUUCUCAACAAAUCAAUGAUUGGAACCAGUUCACCAGGAGAAGUAAUGUCGAAGAUGGUGACGGGGAUGACGGUGAUGUUUAUCAUGGUGGAGUGUUAGAUUUUCGUUCUCAACAAGAUAAAUUUCCUACUUAUAUUGAUGAAGACACUCGA